AUGGUGGACCUCAACUUCUACACACUUUCCCUCACUCUUCUUUCUCUACUCUUCACACUGUUCUUCAUCAGAAGGCUGAUCUCACGCGGCGGAGGGACCUCACCACCGUCACUCCCCAUCAUCGGAAACCUCCACCAGCUCGGCCAUCUACCUCACAGAUCCCUCUCAAAUCUAUCCCGAAAACACGGCCCGCUAAUGCUCCUCCACUUCGGCCCAAAGCCCGUGCUCGUGGUCUCGUCGGCCGACGUGGGGAAUCAGAUACUCAAAUCCCACGACCUCGCAUUCUCAGACAAGCCCUUGACACGCGACCUCAAGAAGGUCUUCUACAACGGGAACGACUUGUUCAACUCACCCUACGGCGACAGGUGGCGGAAGCUCAGACGCAUCACGGUCCACGAGCUGCUGAGCCGCUCGAGGGUGAAGUCGUUCGGCUCCAUUAGAGAGGAAGAAACAUCCCUUUUGAUGAGGAAGAUUGAAGAGCUGAGUUCUGCUUCUCAGCCUGUGAAUUUGACGAGGAUGUUUGCGGCGUUCUUGAAUGAUGUGAUCGUGCGUGCUGCUUUGGGGAAGAAGUACAGUGGGACUGAAGACGGGGAGAGGUUUCUAGAAGCUUUGGAGGAAGGUUCUAGAUUGUUGGGGAGUCUCAGACUAGGAGAUUUUGUUCCGUGGCUUUCUUGCAUCAGUUGUCUGAACGGUCGAGAUGCUGCCAUUGAUAGAGUUGUGGAGAAAAGGGAUGCAUUUCUUGAUAAAGUUAUUCAAGAACACUUGCGAAGUUCAAAUGCAAGUAAAGAAAACAUCAUGAGCAUUUUGGUCGGAAUUUACAAGGGUGAUGUUCCUGGUGUCUCCAUUGAUUUCGUCUUUGUCAAAGGUGUGAUUUUGGAUAUAUUUGCUGCUGGAACUGAAACAACAACGACACCUCUAAUAUGGCUUAUGACGGAGUUGUUAAGGCACCCAACCGUAAUGAAGAAACUGCAAGACGAAAUACGAGGUACUAUGAAUGGGAAACAUCACAUAACAGAGGAUGAAUUGCUAAAAAUGCCAUAUCUGAGAGCCGUUAUCAAGGAAAUAUUUUGUUUGCACCCUCCACUCCCCGUUUUUGUCCGCGUCACAAGGGACCAUAUAAACCUAAUGGGGUACGAAGUUGCUCCAAAGACGAUGGUCGUGAUCAACGCGUGGGCUAUCGGGCAUGACCCUUCAUGUUGGGACGAGCCAGAAAAAUUUAUGCCCGAGAGAUUUUUGAACUUGUCUAGAGAUUUUAAAGGACUUGAUUUUCAUUUGAUCCCCUUUGGGUUCGGGCGAAGAGUUUGCCUGGGGCUUGGAUUUGCGACUGCUGUAGUGGACCAUGCAGUCGCAAAUCUAAUGCUUAAGUUUGACUGGGCAUUGCCCGACGGAGCGACAAGGGAAGACUUGGAUGUGACCGAGCGACUAGGUCUCACUAAUGCGAAGGAUACUCCACUAGUUGUUUUUGCAUCUAUUAGAUCUGACUGAUGCAAAUAUAUUUAUUUAUUUUAUGCUUGAA